UUUCGAGCAAAAUCUGGAAAAUAAAAAACUGCUUCACGGGGAUCAACCUCAUCUAGAAAUAGCUAGAUCGUUUGAUAAAAUUGGUGCAACAUACCAUAAAAUGGGAGAUUACAAGAAGGCCUUUGAAUAUUAUGAGCAGAGUCUUGCAAUGGAAAAACUACUUUACGGAGACCAACAACAUCCAGAUAUAGCUAGAUCAUUGUGUAAUAUUGGUGCGAUGUACAGUGAAAUUGGAGAAUACAACAAAGCUAUUGAAUAUAACAAGCAGAGUCUCGCAAUGAGAAAACUACUUUACGGAGACCAACCCCAUCCAGAAAUGGCUACUUCAUUGGGUAAUAUUGGAUCAACGUACAGUGCAAUGGGAGAUUACAACGAGGCCAUUGAAUAUCGUGAGCAGAGUCUUGCAAUGGAAAAACUACUUCAUGGGGAUCAACCUCAUCCAGAAAUAGCUACAUCGUUGGAGAGUAUUGGUUCAGCAUACCAUCAAAAGGGAGAUUACAACAAGUCCAUUGAAUAUUAUGAGCAGAGUCUUGGAAUGGAAAAACUACUUCAUGGGAAUCAACCUCAUCCAGAAAUCGCUGCAUCCUUGGGUAUUAUCGGUAGAAUUUACAGGAAAAUGGGGGAUAACAAGCAGGCCAUUAAAUAUCAUGAGGAGAGUCUUGCGAUGAAAAUACUUCUUAACGGGGAUCAACCUUUUCAAGGAAUAGUCACUUCAUUGGAUAAAAUUGGGUCAAUUUACAGUGAAAUGGGAGAUUAUAACAAAGUCGUUGAAUAUCAGAAACAGAGUCUUGCAAUGAGAAAACUCCUCCACGGAGACCAACCACAUCCGGGAAUAGCUACUUCAAUGAACAAUAUUGGUUUAACAUACAGUGAAAUGGGUGAUUAUAAAAAGGCCAUUGACUAUCAUGAGCAGAGUCUUGCAAUGAAGAAACUACUUCACUUAGACCAAACACAUCCUGGAAUAGCUACUUCAUUGGGUAAUAUUGGUUUAGCGUACUAUCAAAUGGGAAAUUACAACAAGGCCAUUCAAUAUCAUGAGCAGAGUCUUGCAAUGGUAAAACUACUUCAUGGGGAUCAACCUCAUCCAGAUAUAGCUACAUCGUUGGGGAGUAUUGGUACAGCAUACCAUCAAAAGGGAGAUUACAACAAGUCCAUUGAAAAUUAUGAGCAGAGUCUUGCGAUGGAAAAACUACUUCACGGGAACCAACCUCAUGCAGAAAUAGCAACAUUGUUGGGUAAUCUUGGUACAAUGUACAAGCAAAUGGGAGAUAACAGCAAGGCCAUUGAAUAUCAUGAACAGAGUCUUGCAAUGGAAAAACUACUUCACGGGGAACAGCCUCAUACAAAAAUAGCUACAUUGUUGGGUUAUCUUGGUACAACGAACAGGCAAAUUGGAAAUAAAAACAAAAGCAUUGAAUAUCAUGAACAGAGUCUUGCAAUGGAAAAACAACUUCGUGGAGACCAACCAGAUCCAGUAGUAGCUACAUUGUUAGGUAAUAUUGGUUCAACAUACCAUCAAUUAGGAGAUUACAACAAGGCCAUUGAAUAUCAUGAGCAGAGUCUUGCAAUGAAAAAACUACUUCACGGCGACCAAUCUCAUCCUGAUAUAGCUACAUUGUUUGGCAAUAUUGGUUCAGCAUACCAUCAAAUUGGAGAUUACAACAAGGCAAUUGAAUAUCAUGAGCAGAGUCUUGCAAUGAAAAAAAGACUCCACGGAGACCAACCACAUCCAGGAAUAGCUACAUCGUUGUGUAAUAUUGGUUUAGUGUACAAUCAAAUGAGAGAUUACAACAAGGCCGUGGCAUAUCACGAGCAGAGUCUAGCAGUGCAAAAUCUACUUCACAGAAACCAACCACAUCCAGGAAUAGCUACAUCGUUGAAUAAUAUUGGUUUGGCGUACAGUCAAAUGGGUGAUAAUAACAAGGCCAUUGAAUAUCAUGAGCAGAGUCUUGCAAUGGAAAGACUACUUCACGGGGAUCAGCCUCA